ACAAGCUGCGUUGCAUGUGGAACGGUUGGGAGCUGUACCUGGACAUGUGUCGCAUGAAACGCAGGAUGCAAGAAGCAGCAGUACAGCACGAGAGACUCGCUGCACUGAAGUGGGUUUGGACUGUGUGGAACAAAGCACUACAGCACAGGGAUGUGGCGUACCAUCAGGAAGAUCUUGCCUUGCAACACUGGGCUCACACUGUACAGAGCAGAGCAUGGCUGAACUGGAGAGACGGGAUGAAACAUGCCUGUGUUCUGAAAGAGAAGGAGUCAAAGCUCACCGUCACUAUUGUCUUCAGCUUUUAAGACAUACACUUCAUGGAUGGAUCAGACACACAGAGAACAGACAGGCUAAGAACAAGGCAACAGCUGUUGCUCAGGAUGUAUGGCGUGUCUCUGUGCUGGAGAAGUUUUGGCGUCAGUGGUAUAAUGUGCUGCAAUCCAGACAUGUUGAGAAAGACAGAGGACAGAGAGCAGAACAACUGGCCCAGCACGGCUCCCAGCGGCUGGCGUUCUCGCACUGGAGACACUAUGUCAGUAUGUGCUCACAGAAGGCUAAAAGGGAAAAAGCUGCCAUGCAUCACAGACAACUCUAUCUUCUGCGUUUGGGUUUAAAAGGCCUUGCUCUGAACGUCACUCACAGUAAAACUCAACGUCUCAACAAUAACAUUAGUGUCCAGCAUCAUCAUCACAUCUUGCUGGCAAGGUGUUGGAAAGUCUGGCAGCUGCGCUUGGAUCAGGCUGAAGACGGAAGUCUGCAACCCCAGAUGAGUGUUGCACAAACUCAUCACAAAUUUUCUGUGCUGAGAUUUUGCCUUCAUCAUUGGAGAAAACGUCUUACAGAGCACAGACAAAUGAAGGAGUUGGAACUACGUGCUGAUGCCUGCUUUGCCCAUCGUAUCUUCCCACAAUAUGUAAACACUUGGAUGGAGUUCACAGCACAACGCACAGAGAAACGAGAGCGGAAAGAAAGAGCUGAACAACAUUACAGGCAACAAACUUGCAGUUGGGCAUUUUAUACAUGGUGGAGAAACUUGGAUGUACAAAGAGAUCAGAGACUUGCUGAAAGAACGGCUGUGUUGCAUGCCGAGCAUGUGUGUUGUGCCCGUGCCUGGUCUAAGUGGUCCUGCAGUGCUGUACAGUGUAGAGCGGAGAGAUUCAAACAAGAAGCAGCCGACUCACUUUACAAAAACACUCUUCUACGGAAGGCUCUGAACCAAUGGAGAAACCUCGUCGCUGACAUACAAACCAGUCAGAGACGUUUCGAGCAGGCACAGGGUCAUGAUGGACAGCGGUGUCUGAGAAGAGCCAUGGCAGGCUGGCAUCAGUAUGUAGAUCACAAAAGACAGAAAAGAGAGAAACUUGCUCAAAUGGAGAAACAUUACCACAGCAAAUUGCUCAAACAUGCUUUGGAAGCUUGGAAGUCGUACCAUUUGCAGAAUCAAUCGAUUAACAGUCAUGUGGAGUGCCGUUACCAGGAGCAUCAGCAACAACUGGUCAGGAGAAUGUUCUGUUUAUGGAGAAUAAACGUGUCACAGCUGAUGGAAGAGAGAGAGAAGGAAAACAGUGCAAAAUGUUUUUCUCAGAAGCACCUUUUAUCUCAGGUGUUUCUGGCAUGGCGACAGAGAACGGCAUCUGCUCAUCUUCACCGUCAUCAGCAGGAGGAAGCCCUGAAACAGGCUCAAAUACACCUGGAGAAAUUACGUGUGCAGGUGGCUUUGAGAAGAUGGAGAGAGCGAAGCAUGGAGGUAAAGGUUGAGAGACUGGCGAAUGAGAUGGCCAACAGACACUACAGUAGAACGCUGGGAAAAAGAACCCUCAACACAUGGACCAGUAAUAUUCACCAUCACAAAACAUAUCAGGUAAUGAAGAAAAGAAGCUUUGAGCUUCACAGGUUGAGGAUUUAUCAGCGCUUUUUUAUCUGCUGGAGAACACAGCUGCAGAGCAGAAGAAAAGAGGCGGAGCAAACUGAGACUGCCCUUUGGCAUUGGUCCCUCAACCUACAGGCCAAAGUGUUUUGCUCAUGGCGGCUGUGGAUUGCAGAACGUCAGAGAAAACAGGAGCGUUUGACUGAAGCAGCUCAGUUUUACAGAGAUGAACUGUUGAGAGAGGGUGUCACGCACAUCCUCACACACACAGCGCACAUGGGUGCUUUCUCAACUAAUAUUGCCCAGCACAGCUAUGAACAGAGCUGUCGUCAGCUUCAGGAAGUGGUAAGGCGGUGUGCCGUUCGAUGGAAGCAGCGGGCACUAUGCAAGCCUGUCAAGGGUAAAACAGUGCCGUCCAAAGUCAGCCACUCCAAGAAGAGUGUGUCUUUUUUUCUGCCAGAAGACCACACCCCCAUUCCCACCCCCUCUCCAAUCAGGAGCCAAACAGCAGAGCAGAGGCAGAAAGAUUCCGUCAUCAAUCACCUCAGUUGGUCAGUUCGAGCAUCUAGAUUGCAACCGAGAAGACCAGAUGACCUGCUGCAGUCCCCAGCCAGACCUGUGCCACAUGACUUCAAGAUCAUCAGUAGUCAGAGGGUGUCUGUAAAAGAGACUGCAUUUCCCUCGGUCUCCUCCAGCAGUCCUUCCUUUCCUUCUCCAUUACCCUCAGUUCCUUUGACCCACAACCCACUGGACUCACCUGCAAUGGUACUACAACCUAAGAUCCUCCCAUUCAAACCUGGUCCUCCAGAAUAUAUUACGGCUACCGGCCAGGACAUACUGCUUCCUCCAUCUUCAUUUACUGUUUCAGUAUCACAUGGCAAGCACAAAAGCUUAAGGAAUCAGGAGCCUCUACUGCAUUCUACUCAUUUCACUUCCCACCUUCUCCCAAAACAAGGUGUGUAUGAGAGAUUACCAGAGCAGGAAGAGGAGAAUGAGGAAGAUGAAGCAGUGAAUGUGGAGAAAACUGAAAAUCUCACCAAAGAACUACUAGAUAUUAGACUGGAAAUGCAACGAUACCAGCAAGAUAGAAAACAGCUACAGACAUGGCGUAAGCUCCAAAAGGUCUUGAGUAACUGGCUCGCAACAACAGGCAUUGAGGGAGAAACUGAGGAAAGAGAAAGCAUCUUAAAGGAGUUAAGUGAGCUUGAGAAUCGCAUUUCUUCUCUGUCUUUGAGAUUAAACAAGCAGAAACCCACCAUGAUUUGCCAUGCUGCCAGAGUUAACACCAUCCAGAGCCAACUACUACCGCCCAUGGUUAAUACAAAAACACCUACCAAGUUUGGAAUAUAGACUAAAGCUAUAUUGUGCAACCCGUUAUCCCAGAAAUAAUUCUAAACAAUAUUGUAUUAGUCCUUAAAACCUGUUUUUUUUAUUUCAGUUGUUAUUUAUUCAAAUACACUGUUGUAAAUACUUUUAAUAAAGCAUUAAAUCUCA